AUGGAUCCCGCCCGGCGAGCUCGCCUCCAGGGCAAGGACUAUACCCGAGAGCUCACAGGGCCAAAAUUCGAUCCCUUCACCCGCGUAUCCAAACCGAAGAACCCCCCGACACAAGCCCAGUCGAGGUCCAAAUACCUCACCCAAGAUGAGCAGUCCGAGCAGUACGUCGCAGGCGAGGACAAGUUCGUUCUGAAACCGUCCAAGAAGAAGGCCGACAUCCGCGUUCGCGAAAACCGAGCUACGCCCAUCGACCUGCUCGCCUUCAAUCUCCGCCACAUCGACGCCGACCGCGAUAUCUUCGAUGACGACGAAGACGAUGUGGAGAUCGAUGUUCCCACGUCGGAGCAGGUCAUCGACGCCCUAGACGCGCAGCAGCUGAAGGACCUCGACUCCGAGAUCACACAUUAUCAUACCCUCGAGAUAAAUCAGCGGAAUCUCGAGUAUUGGAAAGCCUUGCAGACCAUCGCUCGCCACCGCCGCGACCAGCUUCUCAGCAAGGGAAAGGAUGACCGUGCCAUCGCAUCCGUGGCCGACGACAUCGAUAAGAUCUUGAGCCCGAAGACGUUCGCGCAACUCGAGACACUGGAAGGUCAAAUCAAAGCGAAGCUCGACUCGGAGGAAGAUAUCGAUACCGAUUACUGGGAACAGCUCUUGAAGAGGUUAAAGGUGUGGAAGGCGCGCGCGCAGGUGAAGAAGAUCUACCAGGAUAUUAAGGCGGCGCGGGUGGAGCUGCUCAAGAAGACAAAUCCGGAGAAGGCUGCCGCGCUGGAGAAAUCCGACGGAUCGUUAUUACCAACGACGGCGGCGGUGUUGGCGGGGGAAAUAAGACGGCAGGGACCCGUGCAAAAGAGGCCAGAGGCGGCCAAACCCUUUUCAAAGCCUCCCUCACAGCUCGCCGCCCAGGGCUCCAGCGCGCCGCCGGGCACCGCCCGGUUCGCGCAGGCUCCGAACGACGACUUUUCGCAGACCACGAAGGCCCUGUUUGAGCGGGAGGUAGCCAGGGGUUUCAGCGAAAACGAAGAAAUCUUCACCGCCGAGGAGACGGUACCCGGUGCGUCGGCGCCAAAGUGGGCGGGCAAGUACCGGCCGCGAAAGCCCCGCUACUUCAACCGCGUCCAGAUGGGUUACGAGUGGAACAAGUACAACCAGACGCAUUAUGAUCACGACAACCCACCGCCCAAGGUGGUUCAGGGGUACAAAUUUAACAUCUUCUACCCGGACUUGAUCGACAAGACGAAGGCGCCAACUUACAAGAUUAUAAGAGAGCACGGCCGUAGGAGGGGCGAGUCUUUUACUCCAGCUGGCGAGGCGGACACCUGUCUUAUUCGAUUUAUUGCUGGGCCGCCGUACGAGGACAUUGCUUUCCGAAUCGUGGAUCGGGAAUGGGAUUAUAGUGCAAAGAAGGAUAGGGGCUUUCGAAGCACAUUUGACAAGGGUAUUCUGCAGCUACACUUCCAGUUCAAGAAGAUUUACUACCGGAAAUGA